UGGCGAUGUCCCCUGCAGGCCAUUGCCAUCAAAGUGAUGGGCAUGUGGAGUACCGCAACCCCGGCUUAGAGGAAUUGGCCAUCCAUGGACUUCGUGCAUUCCAAAAGGAGGAACAACUUGAAGCCCGAAACAUUGGAGAAGUUUGUGUACAUCCAUUGGAACAUGCAACUGCUGCAUGUUGCCAAAAACAUCGGUGCAAACGACGAGGGCUAUGUUGAUCUGUGGAGUUCAUUCUUCGAGGCUAUUCCGGAGCCAGACGAGAACGAUGGAUCUAUCUUGAAGGGCCUCGGGGACGAAGCUGAGAAGGCGGAUGAGGAGAUGGUACGGCAAAGUAGCUUCGUAAAGAUACCGAAGCAAAGGAUUCUGAAGAAGCUCGAGGACGAAGAGGACGAGUGCACCGAUGACAGUGACUUGGAUGAUGAGCUGUGGAAGGGGAAGUGUGGAUUGUCGGAUGAGACGAGCAGCGCGGAGGAGGAGGAGGAACGUGAUUCCGAUUUUGAGUUGCGAGCUCAGCCAUCAGUUUUGGGCAGUACUUAUGUAGGUAGGCGAGAAGCUGCAGGGUCCGGAGAGAGAAGCAGUCCGUGGUCUUUACACAGGUCAGAUGGGAAAGUUUCUCCCAAUACCAUCCUCAGUUUGACGUUGAGUUCCAUCACGUGGACACGGAUAUCGAGUUGUUGUUGCAAAGUGCUCCGGUUGAUGAAGAUGAGGCGGAGGCCGACCAUGCAAAGUGAAGCGGUUUUAAAGGUGGAAGAAGUCGCACUCCAAGAAGAGGGGGACGACAGGGUGCAACCAAAAGAGGCGGAGGAGGCAGACUUGCAAGAGGUGGAGCACCACAAAGAGGCGGAAGAGAAGGACCAACAAGAAGACAAGGACGAUAUGGAGCAACAACAAGAUGAGGAGAUGGAGCACGAAAAAGAGGACGAGGAGGUGGAGCAUGAAGAGGACGAGUAGGGGAUGAAGAGUCUAGGAGAGGAGGAGGCCAUGGAACAACAAGAAAACGGGGCGGGCAUGGAUCAAUAGUAUA